GAAUCAUUUUGGAGAAUUCUGCUACCGUUAAGUGACAGCUCUUUCUUCAUUCCCGUCACUCGGCCAAAGCCCGGCCCACGCUUUGCUGCCUGGUUUUACUUUUCCCGGACGUCUGCAUUAAGUCACGGUCACCCUUCCAAAGGGUGUUUCCUUGCUGGGCUGCCAUUCCAAGUGCACCAACAUUCGACCAGGAGAGACGGGAAUGGACGUAACAAGCCGCUGCACCCUCGGAGACCCCAACAAACUGCCAGAAGGGGUUCCCCAGCCCGCCCGCAUGCCCUAUAUCUCGGACAAGCACCCGCGCCAAACCUUGGAAGUGAUUAACCUCCUGAGGAAGCACCGGGAGCUGUGCGACGUGGUGCUGGUUGUGGGCGCCAAGAAGAUAUACGCCCACCGAGUCAUUCUGUCAGCCUGCAGCCCCUACUUCCGAGCUAUGUUCACGGGGGAGCUGGCCGAGAGCCGGCAGACAGAGGUGGUGAUCCGAGACAUAGACGAGCGGGCCAUGGAGCUGCUGAUUGACUUUGCGUAUACCUCCCAGAUAACCGUGGAGGAGGGCAACGUCCAGACGCUCCUCCCCGCCGCCUGCCUCCUCCAGCUGGCCGAGAUACAGGAAGCCUGCUGCGAGUUCUUAAAGAGACAACUGGAUCCUUCUAACUGCCUUGGUAUUCGGGCUUUUGCUGACACACAUUCAUGUCGGGAGCUGCUAAGGAUAGCAGACAAGUUCACUCAACAUAACUUUCAAGAGGUGAUGGAAAGUGAAGAGUUCAUGUUGCUUCCAGCCAAUCAACUCAUUGAUAUAAUAUCUAGUGAUGAGCUAAAUGUUCGCAGCGAAGAACAGGUGUUCAAUGCAGUGAUGGCCUGGGUCAAAUACAGCAUCCAGGAGAGACGUCCUCAGCUGCCCCAGGUGCUGCAGCAUGUCCGUCUGCCUUUGCUUAGUCCCAAGUUCCUGGUGGGCACUGUGGGCUCGGACCCCCUCAUCAAGAGUGAUGAAGAAUGCAGAGACUUGGUAGAUGAGGCUAAAAACUAUCUCCUAUUGCCCCAAGAACGACCACUAAUGCAAGGACCAAGGACAAGACCACGGAAGCCUAUCCGGUGUGGAGAAGUACUUUUUGCAGUUGGUGGCUGGUGCAGCGGAGAUGCCAUUUCCAGUGUAGAACGAUACGACCCACAGACCAACGAAUGGCGCAUGGUAGCCUCGAUGAGCAAACGGCGGUGUGGAGUCGGGGUCAGUGUCCUUGAUGACCUGUUGUACGCAGUAGGGGGCCAUGACGGGUCCUCCUAUCUCAAUAGUGUGGAAAGGUAUGACCCCAAAACCAACCAGUGGAGCAGUGACGUGGCCCCUACCAGCACCUGCAGGACAAGCGUCGGUGUGGCAGUGCUGGGAGGCUUUCUCUAUGCCGUCGGUGGCCAGGAUGGCGUGUCUUGCCUCAACAUUGUUGAGAGGUACGAUCCAAAGGAGAACAAGUGGACCCGAGUGGCCUCGAUGAGCACGCGGAGGCUGGGCGUGGCCGUGGCCGUGUUAGGAGGCUUUCUCUAUGCCGUAGGCGGCUCUGAUGGGACAUCUCCACUCAACACAGUGGAGCGCUACAACCCUCAGGAAAACCGGUGGCACACCAUAGCCCCCAUGGGGACACGAAGGAAGCACCUCGGCUGCGCGGUGUACCAGGACAUGAUCUACGCCGUGGGGGGCAGAGACGACACCACGGAGCUCAGCAGUGCCGAGAGGUACAACCCCAGGACUAACCAGUGGUCUCCGGUGGUGGCUAUGACGUCCCGCCGCAGCGGGGUCGGCCUGGCCGUGGUGAACGGACAGCUCAUGGCUGUAGGGGGCUUUGACGGCACCACAUACUUAAAGACCAUUGAAGUCUUUGAUCCUGAUGCCAACACGUGGAGGCUGUAUGGCGGGAUGAAUUACCGUCGGCUGGGGGGUGGUGUAGGCGUUAUUAAGAUGACACACUGUGAGUCCCAUAUAUGGUGAACAUCGAGAGGACAGCUCUGUGGGGGCUCCUCUGUAUCCUGGAGCACUUUGACUUUGGAGCUUUCUACAGCUCGAGGAAACACUAGAACAAAUUUUAUUCUUUGCCAGUGCCUCAACAUACGGAAAUACAAAUACCAACACAAGGAAAGGACUUCACCUAUAGGAUGCCAUCUUUGCACAGUAAUUUUCAGUUCUGUGCAGAAUAUUUAUUUUUAGUUUUAAUUUUUCAUGGAUUUUUUUUUGUUUCCCUCCCAACCAAAAAAGAAGAAAUUUCCAAGCAGUAAAAUAUUAUUUUAAGAUACUAAGUUAGAAAAUGCUAAUAAGGGGAGAAGAGCUGUAUAUGAUCUAGCUGUUAUUUCUAGGCACUCCACCCCUAUGACCCCACUCCUUGCAAGGACUACCAGUGACAAAGAUCAGUAUGCAAAGUGUAUCAGUUAGCCAUCAUUCUUGCACUAAGCACCAGAACACUUGAAAAUCUUUUUAAAAAUGAAGCAUCUCAUUUUAACUAGUACAACUCAAAAGGAAUAUUAAAUCCAUAAAACCAGAACUCUACAAGUGUCCAUCAGUGGAACUCUGCAACUUGUUUUUUUCCCCGUAUGAACUUGUUUUCUGCUAUACUUAAAGUCUUUUUUCCACAAUAUUUUCAUAGAGUUUCUGCUAGAUCUAGAGCCCUACUCAGUGCCUCUCCAGACGCAGUAUACGAUUCUCAUACAGUCUUGAGAAUCCCCCAGUGGUAUCAUGCAACUCUACGAGUUUUUACUCAGAAACAUUGCUUACCGACUGAAGCACCGCUCCUUCUGAUUUUUGUGCCGCUCCCAAGGAUCAGCAGGGGGAAUGUCCUGUCCCCAGCAGUGAACUCUGUCAUGCAGUUUACACUUGAUGCUCAGGCCUGCUGAAGUGGGGGCUCACCUGUAACCAUGGCCUCCACGGAGUGAAGUCUUCAGUUCAUGCGACAGUACCUGGGAAUGGGUGGGAAACCAACUGAGGCAUUUUAUUGCUAUCGUGGUUCUUUUAUACAACUAUAUAUCACUAUCCUCAUUCUAUAAAGCCACUGUUACUGCUUCUCUCACAUUGCACUUUUGAAGCAAAGUUUGAAAGUUCUAAGGAAAAAUAUGAUACAACUUCAGAGGUUAUCAUUGUGUUCAUAGACCUUUUUCAGGAAAACCUUUAAAUAAGACUUUAUCCACAACAAAAGGAACAACCUUCUCCUCCUUCCCCCCACCCCACUAAAAAUGUUUGGCAACUUUUGUGUUUACAUUUAAAAAUCAUUUGCACCUUUACAAGGAAAAAAAUAAGUAUUUGGUAAACAGUUGUUUACGUGUAUCAUUUAUGCUUUUUUCUAGCAUGUAUAACUUUUUA